ACCUCCAAUUAUGUAUCUGCCCGUUAAGGCUGACCGGACCAGGAACAAAGCGGGGCCUGUCAAUUGAAUCGACGCGGUAUCAAAGAGAACAAACAUUAAACCUUUGCAGAUGCACGCGCUGUAAAUACAGCAAAUGCAGCAAAUACAGCGCCAAUUUUCGUUAACAACGCUGCGCUAGUGGUCGGGUGCUUUCCUUUCUCCCUCGCCGCUGAGACUCGUCUUCGAAUUUUCUACCGAUCUUUUCCAGAACACCCUUUUUUCUUAGCAAAUAACAUUGAUCAUUUAACUUAAUCUCCGAGACACAUUUUCUAUUAUCAUUAUUCUAGGUUGCAUCGGUUCAACCUUGAAUUAUAUGCAAUGACAGGUCUACAGGAAGAGAAAAAGCUGCCGUUCAAACGCACGGUAAAGCGCAAAUCGAACGAAGUCACCGACGACGAUGGCCUUUCUCUCUUCAGUCGUUCUGGUGAAUUCUUCGAGGAACAACAAAGAUUAGCGAAAGAAAAAUUGGAGAAAGAAAAGGCCGAGAAGGCUAAGAAGGAUGCUAAGAAGGAACAGGAGCGCAAGGAACGAUUGGCUCGAGAACGUCAAGCCGAGGAGGAUGCAUUGAACGAACAACUCGAGAGUGAAUCCGCAAAUAAACGCCGACGCAUCUCCCUAUCCGACGACGACGACGACGACGUUUUCGGAUUUCAAUCCUCAAGACAUUUAAAGUCACCUUCGCUACCAAAGACACCAACUUCUAAGCGCGAGAGUUCUAAUGCGACGAGUACGAGAAACUCCGGAGGCCGCCCCACGCGUUCCCGACCACGUCGCAUCGCAACACCAAUCAAUUUAGACGAUGAAGAUGAUGAUGAACCUAUUGCAUUCGACUCCCCAUCCAACCGAUUAAGUCCCCAAAAGUCUCCCACACUCAAAAGAUCUCGUACUAAGCGUUCGAGCGAGUCCAUCGGCAAGGAUGUAAUCGCGCUUGAUGAUAGUGGCACUCAGCCGGAUACAGGUGAAGAUUCAAAAACAGACAAAGAAGAUGAUGUUUCCGAAUACUACGUCAGACAAGCGAUCGAACGAAGGCGAAAAGCCGAGGAGGAACGCAAGACUAGAGAGGGCAGUGGCGGCAAGAUCGAUGACGAUCCUGUUGUGCAAAUAUUGAUUUAUUCACAUGUGCAGGGCACUCAUACACUACUUUUCCGCCGCAAGAUUUCCCAAGGGCUCAAUGUGGUGUAUCGGACAUGGGUUGAGCAGCAGAUAGCUAAGCAUAGUGGCCAAACUCGCUCUGUUCUAGAGACCAUGUUCUUCACCUGGAAGGGGAAUAAAGUGUAUCCGCACACUACUCUCCAAACCCUUGGUAUUCGAGCGGAGCGCGAUGGUGGUCUAUAUCCAGAUUGGAAGGGGGAACAGGAGGGGUACAAAGGACGGGACAAGGUGUUCUUCGAGGCAUGGACGCAGGAGUUGUAUGACGAGUACCUAAAGGAGAAAGAGAAAGAACGUCUACGCCAAAAUGGCGAGCUAUCGGAUGAGGAAGAACCCGAUCUAAAGAAGGAGCCAGAACAGCCGCAGGAUUCGCAGGAAGGCAAGAAGGUUCGCAUUUCAUUCAAGGCCAAGGAUGGUCAAAAUUCGAUAAAGGCAACAGUGCGCUCGAAUACUACAGCCUUCUCGUUAAUCAAAUUGUACCAAAAACUAGCAAAGAUCCCCGAGGACAAGAUUAUCGAACUUAGGUGGGACGGUGAGGUCCUCGAGCCGGAUACGACAAUCGAACAGGCGGAAAUUGAGGACUUGGAUUCAGUCGAAGUCUACAUCAAAUGAGCCAGAGGGUAAAAUAGCAAUUUUUGGGUGUCUGGGGUUAGGGAGGGAAAGCGUGUCGGGUUUUCAGGGCUCAAAAAGGCCAGGCGAAACAUGCUGAAUGAUUUACGAAUGCACCACACGAGACAUAUAGUACAUAUUCAUGAUACCCCUAAUAUUCACGUUAGAGUUAAACACAUUUCCCAAGACUGCUUCUCAUGUCUCGUAAUCUACCUAUGAAAUGCAAGGCGACCUAAGU